AGUAAGAACGUAAACACGAGACGAAGAGGAUUUGUAUAUGCAGACAGUGUCCCCACAGAUAACAUGAAACUGGCAGUAUUGGUUCCCAGGAUACAACCAUGUUUGAGAACACUACUUCCAUGUGUGGGUACAUAUGUAGCCGCUGGAAAUGUUGUAAGGUUCAGGUCACAUUUAGAUGGUAGUGGUUGUAGAAAAUUUAGCAGUCAAACUAACACACCUGAACUAUUUGAGGAUUAUGAAUGGCACAGGAAGUGGAUGGAAAAUGAAUCCAGGAAAGAAAACCUUCCAGAGUACUACAAUUUCGCUCGAGAUGUGAUUGACAGAUGGGCAACCCUAGAGCAGACAGGAGUGCGGCAGUUGUCCAAUCCUGCCUUAUGGAUUACAAACAAUGAUGGAGAAGACCGCAAAUGGAGCUUUCAGGACCUGUCCUCUCUGUCAAAGAGGACAGCCAAUGUGUUUAUUCACAAAUGUGGCCUUGACCCUGGUGAUAAGCUCAUCCUUAUUCUUCCAAGAGUCCCAGAGUGGUGGUUUGUUAAUGUCGCAGCUAUUAGAGCAGGUUUGAUACUGAGUGCUGGUACGGUGUUACUGCGACCCAAUGACAUCAAACACCGUGUCCAACUUUCGGGGGCCAAAUGUAUCGUGGCAGACAGACUAUCUGUUGACAAUAUAGACAAGAUUGCAGACCAGUGCCCUUCAUUGAAAUGCAAAGUUUUUGUUGGCAGUAAGUCUGAAACAAGGCCAGGUUGGCUGAACUUUGAAGAUGUUCUGUCGAAAGCCAGUGAGGAAUUUCAGACAGUGAACUCUAGAUUUGAUGAUCCAAUGACAGUGUUUUUUACAAGUGGAACCACAGGGACUCCUAAGAUGGCAGAGCACACCCAUGGUAGCUAUGGAUACGGCAGCAUCAUCACAGCAAGAUAUUUCCUACAAUGUACUGAUAAAGAUGUUGUAUGGAAUAUGUCGGACACUGGAUGGGCCAAAUCUGCCUGGAGCAGCCUGUUUGCUCCUUGGUUACGAGGCUCCUGUGUUUUUGCCCACAAUACAGACAAGUUUGACCCUGUUAUAGCACUCAGGAUCUUGGAGAAGAAGCCAGCCAUCAGUGUGUUUUGUGCUGCUCCCACAGCUGUGAGGUUUCUAGUACAGCAGCCACUGAAUCAAUACAAGCAGGGAAAGUUACACUGUGUUAGUGCUGGAGAACCUGUGAACCCUGAGCUGUUGCAGGAAUGGAAAUCAGGGACAGGACUUGACCUGUAUGAGGGGUACGGUCAGACUGAAACGACCUUAUUAUGUGGCACCUAUCCUAUUAUGGAGAACAAACCGGGAUCGAUGGGGAAGGCUGCACCCGGGGUCGAUCUGAGGAUUGUGGAUGAUGAUGGAGUUGAAUUACCACCUAACACUGAGGGCAACAUUGGAAUCAAUACCAACGACUACCGUCCUAUAGGACUCUUCUCUGGCUACGUGGGAGACCCAGAUCGGACAGCUUCUGUAUUCCAAGGAGGAUACUAUUUGACAGGGGAUCGUGCAAAGAUAGACGAAGAUGGAUAUGUGUGGUUCAUUGGCCGAGCUGAUGAUGUCAUCCUUACAUCUGGGUACAGGAUAGGGCCAUUUGAGGUGGAGAGUGCCCUGAUAGAACACCCAUCUGUGUUAGAAUCUGCUGUGGUUAGUAGUCCAGACCCAGUCCGAGGAGAGGUAGUGAAAGCAUUUGUCACAUUGACUGGAGAUUACCAAACUGCUGACCGAAAUAAGCUGACUAAAGAACUUCAGGAACAUGUCAAAACGGUGACUGCCCCCUACAAAUACCCGAGGAAGAUUGAGUUUGUGGACCAACUUCCCAAAACUGUGAGUGGAAAAAUACGACGAGUGGAGUUACGUAACAAAGAAUGGGGUCAUGAACCUUGAUUUUUUUUAUACUGACAUUUUAUUUUGUUUUAAUUAGAAAAACAAGUAAACAGAAGAUUAUAUUGUGAGAUACAUAUCGCUAAAUAAUCAUAUUUGAUUCCCAAAAUGUAGGUUAGUCCCAAAGGAUAGCAUUGGUGAUGCCAGCUGUUGCACCCAUGUCUAUUACAAGGUCAUUAGAUCUGACUUUAGAUGACACUGGUGAUGCCAGCUGUUAUGCUCAUGUCUAUUACAAGGUCAUUAGAUCUGACUUUAGAUGACACUGUGAUGCCAGCUGUUACACCCAUGUCUAUUACAAGGUCAUUAGAUCUGACUUUAGAUGACACUGGUGAUGCCAGCUGUUACACCCAUGUCUAUUACAAGGUCAUUAGAUCUGACUUUAGAUGACACUGGUGAUGCCAGCUGUUACACCCAUGUCUAUUACAAGGUCAUUAGAUCUGACUUUAGAUGACACUGGUGAUGCCAGCUGUUACACCCAUGUCUAUUACACCCAUGUCUAUUACAAGGUCAUCAGAUCUGACUUUAGAUGACACUGGUGAUGCCAGCUGUUACACUCAUGUCUAUUACAAGGUCAUUAGAUCUGACUUUAGAUGACACUGGUGAUGCCAGCUGUUACACUCAUGUCUAUUACACCCAUGUCUAUUACAAGGUCAUUAGAUCUGACUUUAGAUGACACUGGUGAUGCCAGCUGUUACACCCAUGUCUAUUACACCCAUGUCUAUUACAAGGUCAUUAGAUCUGACUUUAGAUGACACUGUGAUGCCAGCUGUUACACCCAUGUCUAUUACAAGGUCAUUAGAUCUGACUUUAGAUGACACUGGUGAUGCCAGCUGUUACACCCAUGUCUAUUACACCCAUGUCUAUUACAAGGUCAUUAGAUGUGACUUCUACUCAGGAAUUUUAAGGUUAAGGAGAUUUUACAUCACUGUCAUUGCUCAACAUAUAUAUAUAUAUUAUAUACAGGUAUGGAUCUGUAAAAUCGGGCUAUUUUUGUUUUUUACAAUAUGAAAUUAAUUCAUACAUAUUUUGAUAUCUGGUAUUACAA